CUCUCACUGGAGAGAUUAAAUAUGAAGAAGGUGGAGAGCAGCUCCCUUGUGUUGGAGAAUGAACAGCAACUACAGCAGUAUGAAAAAUGUCUUGAUAAGAUAGCCAAUCAUGUGGUUCAGGCCUUGUUGGCUAAAAGGUAG